UUGACAAAACAAAGCAUACGCCUCUCUCUCUUCCCUCUAUUUUCUUACCCUCUCUCUCUCUAGCUUUCUAGAAAUUCUGUUUUACACUACAUGUGUUUAUGAUGGUGGUCGAAGAAGAAAGAAGUAUGGAGGAAGGGCUUCUCAAGCUGAAGAACCAAAACGACACUUCACACUGUCGUAUUACUGCCUGUGUUAUCCUCAGCACUUUUGUCGCCGUAUGCGGCUCCUUUUCCUUUGGUGUUGCGGUUGGUUAUACUUCAGGUGCUGAGAUAGGAAUUAUGCAAGACAUGGGCCUUUCUAUUGCAGAAUUUUCAGCAUUUGGCUCAUUCUCCACGUUGGGAGCUGCUGUCGGUGCGCUGUUCAGCGGUAAAAUGGCGAUCAUGCUAGGAAGAAGAGGAACAAUGUGGGUGUCCAAUAUCCUCUGCAUCACUGGUUGGCUAUCCAUCGCUUUCGCUAAGGAUGUGUUGUGGCUGGACUUUGGAAGAAUAUCAUCAGGGAUAGGAAUCGGCUUGAUUAGCUAUGUGGUACCUGUCUACAUAGCCGAAAUUACGCCAAAACAUGUUCGCGGUACAUUUACCUUUUCAAAUCAGCUUCUUCAAAACGCUGGAGUCUCCAUGGUUUAUUUCUGCGGGAAUUUCUUGGACUGGAGGAUGAUGGCUUUACUAGGUGCUUUACCAUGCGGCAUUCAAGCAAUCGGUUUAUUCUUUGUACCAGAAUCCCCAAGAUGGCUGGCAAAAGUUGGUACGGAAAAAGAACUAGAAAAUUCACUGCUUCGGCUUAGAGGGAGAGAUGCUGAUAUUUCACAUGAAGCUUCAGAGAUUCAACUUAUGACCAGAAUGGUAGAAAGUGAUUCAAAGUCAAGCUUUUCUGAUUUGUUCCAGAGAAAGUAUAGACAUACUCUCGUGGUAGGAAUCGGGCUAAUGUUAAUUCAACAGUUCUCAGGAAGUGCUGCUGUAAUCUCUUAUGCAAGUACCAUUUUUAGAAAAGCUGGGUUUUCGGUUGCCAUUGGAUCUACGAUGUUAGGCCUAUUCAUGAUACCAAAAGCCAUGAUUGGUCUAAUUCUUGUAGAUAAAUGGGGCAGACGGCCGCUCUUGUUGACUUCUGCGUGUGGGAUGAGCAUAACUUGCAUGCUUCUUGGACUCGCUUUCGCAUUACAGGUUAUUUACGUUUUUAUAUAUAUGUUUUUUGGUCAUAUAUUCAAUUCUGAACCAAUGCUUUUGUAUAUUUGGUAUGAGCAGAAAAUGCAAUUACUUCCAGAACUAACUCCAGUAUUCACGUUUAUAUGCGUUACGCUGUAUAUUGCAACUUAUGCAAUAGGCGUGGGAGGUCUCCCUUGGGUAAUUAUGUCAGAGAUAUUUCCAAUAAAUAUAAAAGUAACAGCAGGGAGUUUAGUUACGUUAGCCUCAUGGUCAAGUAGUUCCAUCGUCACUUACGCUUUCAACUUUCUAUUCGAAUGGAGCACUCAAGGAACAUUUUACAUAUUCGGGGCUAUCGGAGGAGGAGCGUUGCUCUUUAUUUGGCUGCUCGUUCCGGAAACGAAAGGAUUAUCACUUGAAGAAAUACAAAUUUCGCUUACAGGUCAGCCCGAUGAGAUAAGCCAUAUGUAGAUUGAAAUGUUUAUAUUUUUAUUUAAAUUCAGUUUAUGAUGCUAUGCUCAUCGACAAAGAGAAUUUUACCCUUUUUCAUUCUGUGAUUAGUAUUUUAGUUUUUCUAAUACUUAAUUAGCCAUUUUAUGUAUUUUUCCGUGAUUGUAAUUAAACACGGCCUAUGUUCAUUGUAUAUUUGUAUUCUAUUUGUAAGAUAUUAAACAAAAUGUAUCAUUCUACAUCAUUUACA